GAUGAACGCACCCGUCGCUUUCUCCCGCUCGCUCCAGUCGAUUGGCAAUAUAUGACGACGAACACUGCUGCUGCUGGUCCUCCACAGGAUCGAAUUAGUGGGGAGCAGCGACAAGGAAGGAAGAGGAGUCGAGAAAUGGGUGCUGCGGAGGAGGAGUACCGCAGCGGCAGCAGUCUGUGGCUUGCUCCGACACCGAGCAAGAGAUGGGGGGAGCUGUUCUUCCUUUUCUAUACUCCCUUCUGGCUCACUCUCUGCCUUGGCAUCGUCGUUCCUUACAGACUCUACGAGAGCUUCUCAGAACUGGAGUACCUGCUUCUGUCAUUGGUUUCUGCUGUUCCUUCUUUUAUGAUACCGACGAUUCUAGUUGGGAAGGAUGCUUCUUUCAGGAAGAUGGUGGCAAACAUUGGAAAGACCGUUACUGGGUAAAGGCCAGUUUGUGGAUUUCAAUAUUUAGUUAUGUUGGCAAUUAUUUCUGGACUCACUAUUUCUUCACCGUUCUUGGAGCAUCCUAUACUUUUCCAUCUUGGAAGAUGAAUAAUGUGCCGCACACAACAUUUUUUCUUACACAUGUCUGUUUCUUAUUUUACCAUGUCACGUCUAAUAUGACUCUAAGGCGGCUACGUCAUUCUAUCUCAAAUUUGUCGAAGCUGAAUCAGUUAAUUAUUCAAGCAGUGUGGAUUUUACUCCUCUCCUAUUUCAUAGCCUUCUUAGAGACCUUGGCUAUUGCCAAUUUCCCGUACUAUGAGUUUGUAGAUCGCUCAGCAAUGUACAGAGUGGGAUCAUUGUUCUAUGCAAUUUACUUUAUAGUUAGCUUCCCCAUGUUCAUAAGACUAGAUGAGAAACCAAAUGACUCCUGGAGCCUGUCUAGAGCAGCUAUUGAUGCAUUGGCAGCAGCAAUGCUUGUAACAAUAAUAUUGGACAUGUGGCGCCUCUUUCUUGGGCCUAUAAUUCCAGUUCAAGACAAAGAUCAAGGCUUACCAAAAGGUCUUCCGUGGUUUCCAUGAAAGUUACAGGAGCUGCAGUUUUGCUGUUGAAGUUUACGGUCAACUUUGUUGGCUAUUUGCAUUUUCAUUAGCCUGUAGGCUUCCCUUGUCUUAUUUUUUUAUAGAGGCAACUCAGUCUCUGUUUGUUUCUGAAAUUCACCCUUAACUGUUGUAAAUUAGCGGGGUACCUCUUUUAAAAGUUGGGAGGUGACAAUGCGAAUCAAAUACUGAUGAGAAAACUAUUAACUUUAUUUAUUCAACCUGAAUUUUCAUUUGUUCUCGA